AUGGCGCGUCUCGCCACCAUCCUCAGCUUCGGGGACCACGCCGAGGAGGGCGCCGGCGCCUUCACGGAGCCGCAGGAGGACUACCAGCAAGAACACGACGACGACGACGACGCGGCGUCGGACGCCAGCGGCGACAGCUUCGAGUUCGCGUUCGCGCGGCCGCUGGCGCCGGCGGGCGGGGAGGCGCUGGCCGACGACCUCUUCGCGCACGGCCGCAUCCUCCCGGCCUACCCGGUCUUCCACCGCCGCCAGGCCCACGACGACGACGCCUCGGCCUCGGCCACCUCCGCGACGGCGCCGCCCUCGCCGGACACGUACUGCGCGUGGGCGCCGCGGUCCGCGCCGGGGUCGCCCGCGCGCGAACCGGCCGCCUUCCCCAAGAGCGCGUCCACGGGCACGGGCGAGGCCGCGCGCCGCUUCCGCCUGCGCGACAUCCUCGGCUCCGGCGGCCGCUCCCACAGCGACGGCAAGGAGAAGUUCCUCUUCCUCCAGCCGACUCCCGCCAAACCCAAGUCCAAGACGAGCGCAUUAUCCGCCGCGUCGGCUCCGGCCAACAAGAAGACUUCGCAGCAGAAGCAGGGCAAGAAGAAGGGCGCGGCCGCCGCUCCGACGGAGAUGGACAUGGCCACCGCGCACAGGCUCUUCUACAGCAAGCCCGGAGCCGCGGCCGGCCCCGGCGGCGAGAGGACGACGACGACGACGAAAAAGUCGUACCUGCCCUACCGGCCGGCCAUCGUCGGCUUCUUCGCCACCGCGCACGCGCUGCGCCCCAAGCACCACCCCUACUAG